ACGAGAAAUCUUCAGAAGCGUAUAAAAGAUAGAUUUAUGCGUCUGGGAAGUCUGGUUGUAACCAAAGAUUAAAUAUCUGUUUAGAGCCGCUAGAUCCACACUUCCGAACGAACUUAGCUUGCGACUAGAACGUGACGCGAAUUAAACGUGAAUCCGCGAAAACAAGUUUUUAGCGAUUGUUAGAAAUUAUAAGAUACUUUGUUGUUGUGAAUGCUUGGUUGAGUGAACAGUUACUUCUUUUCCUGCAUCUGUAUCUGAGCAACAUGAAAUCAUCUGUGAUAUUGUUUUGCUGUUUAGUGAUAUGCUCCUUAGGGCAGAGCGGAUAUUGUCGCGCAAGGAAGCAAACGCGUACUUCGACUGAAGAUCCAAUCGAGGAGAUAAAAAGGGACAUUGCUCACCCCCUGGUUGAAGGCUUUUCACCUCGAGGGUUACGCGUCUCAAUUCCUGACCAUCCAGGAAUCGAGCUAUUUGCUUUCCAUGGAAAGAUAAACGCAAGGCUAAGACCUUUGGAGGCUGGAACUAUGUCCAAGGAUAUCUUGAGUUCGAAGAAUGGACGAUGGUCAUUUGAAGAUAAAUCAGCACAAUUGCGAGUAGGGGAUGUUGUGAAUUAUUGGAUAUUUGUACAAGUCAACGGGGUAGGACAUCGUGUUGAUAAUCUAUCGUCAAUUAUAACAGAACUCCCUCAAGCAGACAGGAAGGAUGACAAUUUCCCUUCAGUUUCUAAUGUCCAUCCACUAGCGCAGCCAGCAUUGUAUAAUGAACCUGAAGCAGAAAUAGCCGCAGGACCAGUCAGGAAUUGUCCAACCCCAGCAGUAACCACUACAACGACCACCACAACUCCUGCUCCCCCCAUCUGCGAACAAUGUGUCUGCACCGAAGAUCAAAUGGAGUUCUUAAAUGCCCAAUUAAAUUUCACUAAAACACAAUUAAGUGCUGCAAACACCAAGCUCGGCCCUAUUCAGAGGGAACUAAGUAGUCUCAAGGAGUUUGUGUCCGAAAUGAUGGAGGAUAUGAACCUCGGAACCAAGUUAUUACUUGUGGGACAACAACCACCGCAAGGAAAUGCAUUGGAAGCUGUUCGAAAUUUGAUUACCGAUAAAUUGGAGUUGUUCGACUUAGAGGAGAAAAUCUAUAAUGCACAGAAAACAGACACCGGGAUUGCCUUUGAGAUGACAACGCCAAUUGAUAAGAAAAGGAUACUCGUGAGAGCAAACAAAAAACUGCAGUCUAGUAACUAUAGAAUUGUUGAUCCACAAAGUCGUGAUACGAUAGUUAACGGAGCUUAUAUGUUGGAUGAAAGAGUAGGACUGAAUUGAUAAUUAGAAAUUGGACACUCAAUCUAAUUUAGAAUUAGUUUAGUAGACUCAGCUCUAAGUAUUAAGUGCUAGAUUUAGAUACAUAUUAUGAUAGAAUAAAGGAUACUGAAACUUC